AAAUAUCAAUAACCUCAGAUAUGCAGAUGAUACCACCCUUCUGGCAGAAAGCGAAGAGGAACUAAAGAGCCUCUUGAUGAAAGUGAAAGAGGAGAGUGAAGAAGCUGGCUUAAAACUCAACAUUCAUUUGCAGCCAAUUAAGCCGACUGUGCUCUUUUUCCCCAUAGGGGCCCAGUGUGCAGUGGCUGCAAAUAGCAGCCUCCUUGGUAGUGUAUGCAACCUGUUGCCUGUACAGGUUGCUCUAAGGGACCUUGGAGACAACUCUUCCUAGUGGGCAUUCAUGACUGGCCUGCUGUUUCCCAAUCUAGACUCCAGACAGGUAUGCGCGGUGCCUUUGGAAAGCCCCAGGGCACAGUGGCCAGAGUAAACAGUGCCCAGGUCAUAAUGUCCAUCCACACCAAGCUGCAGAACAAGGAACAUGUGGUUGAAGCCCUCCGCUGGGCCAAGUUCAAGUUCCCUGGCCGCCAGAAGAUCCACAUCUCUAAGAAGUGGGGAUUUACCAAGUUCAACGCGGAUGAAUUUGAGAACAUGGUGGCAGAAAAGCAACUCAUCCCAGAUGGCUGUGGGGUCAAAUGCAUCCCUAAUCGUGGUCCCCUGGACAAAUGGCAGGCCCUGCACUCAUGAGCAUCAGGGCUGUCCCCUCCUUAAUCAUGCUCACCAAUAAAUGCUAUUUCCUGUCAAAAAAAAACAAAAAAAAACCUCAACAUUCAAAAAAUGAAGAUCACGGC